AUGCAGCAUCAUCCAGGUUCUUGGUAUUUAGGCCCAUGGGGCGUACCUUUGCAAAAAAUGUUAGCAGUGCCGUUUAAUCCUACAGCAGCAGGAUAUCAACCUCCUCAAAUUACUUCAGCUGCUGUAGGACAGACCACAUCUCAAGGAACAUCGCCACAAGCACACAAUCAACAGACAUCACAUCCAUACUCUGCAGCAGCACAUCAUCAUCCUUUGCAUCAAGCUAUGCAUCAUAAUCAUGCAGCUCAUGCCAUUCAUCAACAGCUGAAUCAACAAUUACAUCCUGCAGCUGCUGCAGCAAUGUUCACACCAUUGACUUUGAGAAGUUUCGUUACUCAUCCUCAUUUAAAUUUGAGUCAACAGACAAUACCGACUGCAGGGCAACCACAACAACCAAUAACAAAUCAGACGCAAUCACAAUUAACUGCAUUAAACUUAAAUAAUGUCGGCAUUGUACCUGUUCGACAAACGACCACACCAACUAAUACUCCUGGAAUAAUUUUGCCUAUGCGGAAGAUCUUAAUGACUGAGAAAGAGAAAUCAAAACUCGUUUCAACAGAAAAGCGGAAAGCAGCCGAAGAAACAGAAGACUUAAAAAAGGAUUUAAAAAAGGCAAAACUCGAAACUAAAGCUUUAAAAGCCAAAAGACCUGGAUUCACAGAUGAUAGAUAUUAUGAAACAUCAUAUUACAUUGAAAAUGGUUUACGUAAAGUAUAUCCAUACUACUUCACUUUUACGACUUUCACCAAAGGUCGUUGGGUUGGUGAAAAGAUUCUCGAUGUAUUUGCACGCGAAUUUCGAGCUCAUCCGGCAGAAGAGUAUGAGCGAUGCAUAAAAGCUGGAACAUUGACUGUUAAUUAUGAAAAAGUGCCAAUAGAAUACAAACUGAAACAUAAUGAUCUCUUAGCUAAUGUUGUACACAGACAUGAAGUUCCAGUAACUAGUCAACCAAUCGCAAUAGUGUUCAUGGACGAUGAUAUUGUGGUUGUGAAUAAACCAGCAUCUAUACCCGUUCAUCCAUGCGGUCGAUAUCGCCAUAACACAGUAGUUUUUAUCCUCGCAAAAGAAUAUAAUUUGAAAAAUUUACGAACAAUACAUCGACUGGAUCGUCUAACAUCGGGCUUGUUAUUAUUUGGUCGAAGUCCAAAGAAAGCAAGACAAAUGGAACAUCAAAUUAGAAAUCGACAAGUGCAGAAACAAUAUGUUUGUCGAGUAGAAGGAGAAUUUCCCGAGGGAAUUAUUGAAUGUAAAGAACCUAUUGAAGUAGUAAGCUAUAAAAUCGGUGUAUGUAAAGUAUCGCCAAAAGGUAAAGAUUGUACGACAACUUUUGAGAAAUUGGGAUAUAACGGAACGACAAGUGUGGUUCUUUGUAAGCCCCUUACGGGCCGAAUGCAUCAAAUUCGUGUUCACCUCCAAUACCUUGGUUAUCCAGUAGUAAAUGACCCACUAUAUAAUCAUGAUGUUUUUGGACCAAGUAAAGGAAAAGGUGGAGAUAUUGGAGGCAAGACAGAUGAACAACUUGUCCGCGAUUUAAUAAAUAUUCAUAAUGCUGAAAAUUGGCUUGGAAUUGAUGGCGAUUCAGAUCUUUCAAUGUUUAAUAAAUCAAUGGGUUCAGAUAUAGAUGACAGCUUAAGUGUCACAAAUAAAGGAAAUCCAUUAAGUGAUGAUGAUUGUGAAUCAGUAUCACGUGAAGCAUCACCAUGCUCUGAAAGUCCACGGCCUAUUUCUGUCGGUAGUGAAAGUCCUAAUGAAAAUAUUUGUACAAUGCCCAACCAAAUGAACAAUAACAUUGAUAACAAUAAGAUUAGUAGUAAUGUUCAACUCCAUAGCGGAAAUAUUCGAGUAAUACGAGAGCAGAAGGUGGGUGUAACAGUUGCAACACAGACAGGUCACGAAUCACCAGAUUUAACAUUUAAUACAGAUAAAAUGACGACCGACAAGCAUUGUUAUGAAUGCAAAGUGCGUUACAAGGACCCGAAACCGCAGGACUUGGUGAUGUAUUUGCAUGCUUGGAAAUAUAAGGGCCCUGGCUGGGAUUACGAAACUGAACUUCCAGAGUGGGCACGAGUGGAUUGGAAAGAAAAUCAAUGA